AUGGGCGGUUUUUUCCCGGGUGGCGUGGAAUCGCCGACAAACGUGAACGUCUACCAGCAAAAGAAGACCAUAGCCCAGGGCAUGAUGGACCUGGCCCUCAUAUCCGCGAACGCGAACCAGUUCCGGUACGUGUUGCAGAACAGCGGCCGGCACCCGUACUACUACCCCUCGCUGGUGAUGAUCAGCCUGAGCCUUUUCCUCCAGGUGAUCGUGGGCAUCGGGCUCAUCUGGAACAGCCGGUACAACGUCUUGCACGAGGACCAGAUGUGCAAGGCCAACCGGGCCAACAACUGGACCGUCAUUGCCAUUUUCCUCGUCACCAUACUCAACGUCUUCAUAUCGUCCUUCGGGGUCGUCGAGUCCGUGCUGGAUGACACCGCGUUGCAGACCCCCAACGGUGCUCCCGUUAAUCACAGUGCCUGAUUAUACCGUUGGCCAGUGACAAUUUUAUGGCAAC